AUGUCGGACACGAGGGAGAUCAAGGAUAGCUCGCUGGGCGAGGCACCGUCGAACACGGGCAAGGUUGUUGCCGCAGAGAACGCGAUUGCCCACGAUGCCGUUUUUGGUGAGAUUACGGAAGAUGGCCCCAACUACCGCAGUGUUGGGUGGCUGGGUACUUCCGUCUUAAUGAUGAAAACUCAGAUGGGUCUCGGCGUUCUAUCCAUCCCCUCUAUCCUCGACACUAUGGGAAUCAUUCCCGGAGUCAUCCUUAUCUGCGUAAUUAGCGGCAUCACUACGUGGUCCGAUUUCAUUGUCGGUACCUUCAAGCUCCGCCAUCCAGAAGUCUACGGUGUUGAUGAUGCGGGAGAAUUGAUGUUUGGCUGGAUUGGACGUGAAAUCUUCGGCGCCGGUUUUUGCCUCUUCUUCACCUUCACCUCGGGAUCCGCUAUGCUGAGUAUUUCUAUCGCCUUGAAUGCUCUUUCCAUGCACGCAACCUGUACCGCCGUGUUUGUGGCAGUUGCAGCGAUUAUUGGCUUCGGCUUUUCUAGUAUACGGACGCUGGGACGAAUCAGUUGGCUGGCAUGGAUUGGUGUUACGAGUAUCAUCGUCGCCGUUCUCACCGUGACCAUUGCGGUUGGCCUUCAGGAUAGACCUGCGGCAGCACCGAAAGAUCUCCCUUGGAAGUCAGAUUUCAAGCUCGUGGGCUCGCCCACUUUCACAGAGGCCAUCGCCGCCAUCUCUGCACUCGUUUUCUCGUAUGCAGGCACGCCGGCGUUCUUCUCCAUUGUGGCUGAGAUGCGCGAGCCGAAGCAUUAUACCCGAGCUCUCAUUCUCUGCCAGUCUGUUGUCACGCUCGUCUACGUGGCUGUGGGCGCUGUUGUCUACUACUACUGUGGAUCAUAUGUUUCUUCGCCCGCUCUCGGCUCUGCUGGGCCCAGUGUCAAGAAGGUCGCUUAUGGACUUGGCCUUCCUGGCCUCAUUGUCUCGGCCGCUGUCUUGCUUCAUUUACCGAGCAAGCACGUAUUCGUUCGAAUUCUGAGAGGAUCAAGACACCUGACAGCUAACACCUUCACUCACUGGGCAACCUGGAUUGGCUGUACCUUCACUGUCGCUUUGGUGGCAUAUUUGGUCGCUAGCGGUAUUCCCGUAUUCAACAGUCUCAUCUCUCUCAUCGGUGCGCUUCUCGGCACAUUGAUCUGCUUCCAGCCGAUGGGCUGUAUGUGGUUCUACGACAACUGGGCGAAAGGGAAACAAAACCCCACCAUAAGAUGGUACGCUAUGUGUGUGUGGGCCGCUUUUGUUGUGGUUUCGGGAACGUUCUUGAUGGUCGCGGGGACUUACAGUUCUAUCAUGGGAAUAAUCGAUGACUACAACGGCCCAAACCGCUCCUCUGCUUGGUCUUGCGCAGACAACUCGAACUCUGUGUAA